AUUGUGGAUAUUAACGGAUACUCUGUGAGGAAUUCAAGAUGUAUCCUCAUUCCUGAUAUGAAAGCAUUCGAUCUGCAAUGACAUCCUGGAAAUGUUUACAACUUCUGUUGGUUUUCCUCCGGGCGGGAACCGUCAUCUGUGAGGCUGUCAACUGUUACACCUAUAAUUACGAAGAUUUCCUCUUCUGCUCGUGGAAUUCGUCAACUGCAGAUAGCGGUACGACUGACGUCACAGUGAAGUGGAGUUUGAUAUCCGGCUCCUUGAUGUCCAGUUGGCUUGAUUGUCCAGAGCAAUCCCAGAAUUCCUGUCGAUGGGACAUAGAACGCGGGGAUCUGGAUCCUAAUUGCGUCAUUAGAUUGUGCGUCAGCCUGUUUAACAGUUGUUACGAAGUUCACUGCCAACAGAAAGUCAAACCUGCCCCUGUACAGAAUGUAAGCCUUGUGGGGACCACCCCUUCUUGUGUGACACUGCAGUGGUCCUGCGGUAGGGGCUAUCUGUGGAGUGUCCUGUACCCCCAACUCUACCAAAUCACGUGUCUAGCUAUCUCACCUGAAGGACAACAACAUCCAUCAGACAAUUCUGCCUGGAUAGUCAACAGCACACGGUUUGAAGUGUGUGGUUUGUUGCCUUACACAAAAUACCUCAUCAAAGUUGCAGCCAUACCUCAGGAAGGAGGAAUCUGGAGCGAGAGUCGAUCUAUUACAGCAUCCACAGACAAGACAGUACCUGGCCUACCACCCUACGUUCACAUCAAUUCGUUCACCACAAUUUCCCGGGGAAAUGGCGCAUAUAGCGGCCUUAUGAUCUUCUGGAGGGAGAUUCAAAAACAAAGGAUUUAUGGAUCCCAUUUGCGUUACGUAGUGUCCGUAUGUCCAUACAAUACAUCACAGGAACCUAGAGACUGCACUGAGGAAACUGUAUUCAAUUUCGCUCGAUUCCAAAUCCCCGCGCAACAGGAAAUAACGACCAGAAUUUGGUCAAAGAAUGAAAUUGGAACGUCACGAGAUUUUGCUCUGAUUAGAAUUCCAUCAAAAGAUGAAUUGUUACAAUCGCCCGUCAUUUUGGUUGUCGUCAGUGGCAGCUUAACAACAGUCUUCUUGGAUAUUGCUCAACAGAAAGAUGUCAGAUUUACGGUAUUUUGGUGCCAAAAAGAAGAUUUUCGGAAUUUACGGUGGCUGGAUAAUCUUCGGAACACGACAAUAACAAUAAAUCACAGUCAUAGCGUCUCUCUCAAAUAUGGCGUGUCUGUUAACCGAGGCGAAAGGACGAGUGGAAUAAAAUGGGCAGAUUGUAUUUUUCAAAAUGGCGAGCUUCCUGGUCUGUUAGAAAUGACAUUGACCCACACGGAAGAAGACCAUCUGGAGGUCACGUGGAGAAUACCUUCCUGUAACAUGCGAUUGGUUUCCGCUGUGGUGGAUCACUAUGUCCUAUCCUUUUGCAGCACAUCGGACUGUAUGACAAAGAGAAAUUUCAAUAUCUCGCCGGAAGUAACAUCAUAUUCCUACCAUUUAAGUAACGAAGAUACACUUUGUGCAGAGAUAAAUGUUCUAACAUUAGCUGGAGAGAAAUUACAAAAUGGUAGGAUUCAAUGUUAUACAACCGGAAAGAAGUCCAGCCUAUAUCCCAUCAUAAUUUUUGCUGCAGUCUGCGCAUCCAUCUUCAUUCUCUGUCUCAUUAUAACCACAGUUCUAAGGUUGUGGAGAACUAACAUUGAAAUAGAGGUUCCUCCAGUAGGCAGUGAACAAAAUCAGAAACUUUUAAAUGCCACUCCAUCUACCUCCAGUGGUCAGGAGAAAUUGUACGUCCAGAUCGAUACAGACCAUUGCACAAACAUCAGAGGGCGCACUGAUCCUAAAGAAAUACCGGAAGUUAAGGACGAGGAAGUGAACCAAAGUAUUAGCAAAAAACCGUCAUCUUCCGAAUGCUGUGACAGUUACAUUGUUAUGGACGGAUUAGAUUUGGGCAUGUCAAAAGACCAGAGCUGAGAGAGAGAGAGAGAGAGAGAGAGAGAGAGAGAGAGAGAGAGAGAGAGAGAGAGAGAGAGAGAGAGAGAGAGAGAGAGAGAGAGAGAGAGAGAGAGUGUUACAAGGCAUUUAGUUUUCAGAAGAGCAAUUUUAGCAGGAGUUACUUCCCAUCGGCGGUCAUGUGCCGGGGUCAAACUACCUUUAUUCCUUCAUUAUUUAAAGGGGCAUGGUCACGAUUUUGGUAAAAAAUUAUUUUUUCAAUUUUAAUGUUUACAAUGCUUCAAUAAGGCAUUUUUAAUUUAACCAAAAUUUGAGUGUAAUUUGUUGAGUUAUAAGCGAGUUACAGAACUUAAAAUUCUUCGCUAUGUAAACAAAGCUUUUGUUUACAUUUUGAAUGUUGAAGUGAAAAUUCCAGUUUUAGACUUCAAAUGCAUGCGUUAAUCAUUAGGAACUGUUUAUUUAUGCUUAAAAUGAAUAAGAAGGUAGACAAAUCAGCUUGAAAAAAGAUUUUUACUGGUAUAUUGAACCUACGUAAACAAAAACAGGGCACGAGCCUUGUUUACAUGACGAAGAAUUGCGAGCCCUGUAUCUUGCUUGAAACUCAUCGACUGGCACCCAAAUUUCAUUUGAUCAUUAAAAAUACAUUCCUAAAGCAUUGUAAAUAAUAAAAACAGAAAAAUAAAAUUUGACCAAAAUCGUGACCAUGCCCCUUUAACCAAAACAAUUCAAUUUGCCAUACCGGGUACUGUGACGCAUAUUGUACUGUCUUGUGUUUUUGUACUGUUUUGUGAGAAAAAAUGUUCAGAAAACUCAUUUUUGUACUUCAAGGUCAGAUGAAAAAUAAAAUAAAAAUGCACACUAACAAAGAUUUCUUAUUAACUAGUAAAAGGUAGUAGGCUAUUUAAAUCAAUAUGAGCUCUAUUUUUUAGAAAUCUAUUUUACUGCAAAAAACAGCUAUAAAAACACAAAAAAACUAUGUCCCCAGUUUUUGCUUCCACCACAUUUUGCUUGAUAUUUCAAUAAUCAUAAAUACCUUUGUGCUCAAACUAUGUUCAUCCACUAAUAUGGAAAAUGUUCAGAUUAUCUGUUUUGAAACGCCCCCCUUACCGUCUCAGGUUUCAAUACACUUCCUAAAAUUGAAAGUCUAUGGAGGAUUUGCAUUGCAUCAGCCAUUAAUAAGCCCGGAUGAUAACGUUGAAAAAUUGCGUGAGGUAUCCCGAGUACUUCCGAAUGGAGAAAUAAUGUAAACAUUUCCCAUUAUAAAUCUCCGUAAAAAAAUUGUUUUCGUUCCUUAUGAGUGAAAAAUGAUAAUUGUUCAAUGAAGAUAUCUUGUAUAUAUUCCCUUUCAUCGAUUUUAACUGUAUUUCUUUCACAGAUAUGUGUAUUUUUGUUAAAAAUCAUCAAAAAGUGAUGGAAGCAAUAACUUGGGACAGACUUUAGUAUGCUAAGUCUGCAUGUAACUUAAACUUCUAUGAUAUAUAAAAUUUGAAAAUAUAAAUUUUUGUGAGAAAUUUUUUUUUCUUCUAAGGAAUAUAUAGCAGUUCAGUUUUUCUACAGGACGACAAAAAUUCAAUUUUGCUUCAAUUAAGGCUUCUUAAUGGCUUUUCCCACAAAAAUAUGGCUAUCAAAAAUUAAAUAAAAGUACUGAAGUA